UGUUUUGAGCGACGACGACCUGACGUCACCGCACGCACGCAAACCUCGGAGGGUGAGACGCACGGUGUAAUAAUGUGAGAAAGGAGAGAGAGAGCAAAACAGCAUUAACGAAGACAGGAGAGAGAGUAUGCAUGAUAUGCAUUUCAUAUUGACAAAAGGUAACAGUCUAAUCCGGAUAAAGCUGUAUCUGUUAAAGAAAUCGAAAAACUUGGCUGAAGAAGGGUCUUUUUCGUUGUUACCUCGUGACCAGAGCAGAUCAUCUCUCAGCGCGCUCACAUCAGAUUCGCCCGCCAUUUGAGAUGUUUCGACGUGCACGCGCCAUCCGCGCCAACUUUUAGUUCUCGGGCCUAUUAGAGACACGCGCCAUCGACGAAUAUAACUCGACGCCCGUAACACAAAAGGAUGUAGACCUGAUAUACCCUGAGGUGAGAGGGUCAGAAGCUUUCCAGAUGACUUUGUAACUCCCAUGGCCGAUACAAAGAAGCAGGGUGCAAUGGUGCUUCAUGAAGAGGGCGUGACUGCCCCAACACUUGCACUUCCCACUACAUCUCCACAGUCCAUCCUUGUCGUCCUUAAACAGUUGCAGUCUGGUGAUAGUGGGAAAGACAAGGGCAGCCUGAUGGCAAUUAGUGAAGCAAAUGAAAUGGUGAAAUCCUCAGUUGGCUCUGUUCCAACAGGCAUCCAUCCAACAUCAUCCACAUUUGCAAACACCAAUAACAUCAUCCAGUCUGAGAACAUGCCAGCAGAUGCUAGAUGCAAGGGCAUCACCGCUACACUGGACAACAACAGUAUGUGGAAUGAGUUCUAUAGAUGUCAGACUGAGAUGAUUCUGACCAAACAAGGUCGUAGAAUGUUCCCUUACUGCCGCUUUCGUCUCUCUGGAAUGGAACCUUUCCAGAGUUACUUGUUGGCAAUGGAUAUUGUUCCAGUUGAUAACCACAGAUACAAAUGGAGUGGAAAAGGAUGGGAAAAAAAUGGGAAAGCUGAGCCUCAUGUUUCACAUUUGUUUGUACACCCAGAAUCACCUGCUACUGGCCUACACUGGAUGCAAUACCCAGUUUCAUUUUACAGACUGAAACUUUGCAACAACUUGGACCAGGAGGACCAUAUUAUUUUGCACUCAAUGCACCGAUACCUUCCUCGACUUCAUAUCAUACCGGCAGACAAAGACUCAGAAAAUAUUCAAGUUGACAGACCUAAUGUCGUAACUCUAUGUUUUUCUCAGACAGAGUUCUUUGCGGUCACAGCCUAUCAAAACCUUCGCAUCACCCAACUCAAAAUUGACUACAACCCCUUUGCCAAAGGUUUCAGGGAUGAUGCAGUCAAUGCUCGAUCAUCUAAGGCCAAGAAUGGAAUGUCCACUGAGGAAGCAGAGGGUGAGCUCAAGCUAAGCAGGGAGAUGACAACCUUGAAUAAUUUGAAAACUCUGUUCAUGAAGAGAAAUGCUGCUGUAAAGGUCAAUAAGGAUCAGAACGUUCCCAGCCCUACAAAUGGUGAAAGGAAAGCUAUUAAUGGCGAUGCUCCCGUUGUAGACACAAAUGUUCAAAGUUUGUGCAGCAAGAAGCGCCCAUCGUCAUUGGCAUUCUCAGAAUUCAUUAAAGGUGCUCAUGUAAAAGUAAAAAGGUUGUCACUCGAGAAUAUCAAGAAAAAUGGUGUGGUCUUGCAAGCAUCCACAACUUGCACAAGUGAACAAAAUGAGGUGAUGGACAUAUCAUCCAAAACAGAAAAUAUACUAGAAGUUGUUAAAGAUGAAACCGUGAUGGGUGAUAUUCACAGAUGUAAAAGCAUAGAAACCUCCUCAAAAACAGAGUUAAAAAUAGAUGAGAAUAAAACAGAAAUAGUAGAUGAACACAAAAUUGGCAAGAUUACAUUGCUAUCCAGUGACCAAAAUAAUGACACUGAAGCCAAGUCUGAAGCAAAUACAAAGAAAGCUUUACCACACAAGCGGCCAGAACGUGUACCCCUACCACUCCUUGCUCAGUUUCUUAAACAGAGAAAGUCUAAGACAAGACCUACUACACCAAAACCUGAUGUUCUCAGCUCAUCCUUAGACUCUGAAAAGUCCUUUGAACCUGUUCUAACCCCUGAAAUCUCAUCUGCCUUGUUGUCUUCCAUCCCUUGUGUUACCACUAACUCAGAUUCACAACCAGUACUUACCUCAUUAUCUGAAAAAGUUAAAUUAUCAUCAACAACAGAUGCAAACAACAUAACAUCUGAGUCCACUGCGUUAUCAUCUCCAUCAGCAACUGCAUGUCCCGUACCAGUAGAAACACAAUUAUCUGUUAGAUUUUCACCUUCCCUGAUUUGCAUUGAUCCAAAUGCCCCAAACACUACUUCCUCCAAACCCAAUUAUGACCCAACACCUGACAAUAUCUCUAGUGUGUUUCAUAAUACUGAUGCUGUUUCUAUGCCAGAUCUUGACGACCCACUCAGGUCUCAGUCAGACAUUUCAUCUCUCCCUACAUUUGACACUGUGAAUGACACCUGUUCACAAACUACACCUGAAGUUAACACUGACUCUGCUGACACACCAAUUGUCCUCUCUGUCACUACAUCUGUUUUUGAUGUUCCAUCUAGUACAGACAAUAGCGUAAUUCCUCUCAAGCAACUUACCUCAAUUCUUGAUGUUGCUGAGAGUGAUUCUAUGUCUGAUUGCCUGUUAGACAGUUCCAAGGGCUCUUGUACUGAGCUUUUUUCAGAAGAAGUCCCUCAGAACACUCUGUUCACACAUGAAGGAUCUCUUUCCUUGCCAUUAGACGACCCAUCGUCCCCAGCCUUCUCCUUACCCAGCCCAGCUCCUUCUUCUCCUGACCCAUUUCCACCAGGUCUAUUCUGUGAAAGACCAGUACCUCCUAGAAAGACCCUUGAUUCAUUUCCAGAAAGACUUUUGGAUUGCACAGCUUCUUCCUCUCCCGACCUUUUCGCACUAGGUCUAUUCAAUGACAGGCCUGUGUCUCCCAGAAAGAUUCUUGAUUUUGUUACAGAUAUAACUCUGGAUGGAACUCUAACAUCAAAAGAAUCGUUGUCACCAAGUGUCCCCAGUGGGCCAGAACAUCCCACGGAAACAAUUGACUUGUUCUUUCAAAGUCAGUGCUCCGAUAGAACAGGUCCUCUUAAUGACGUGCAGUCUGCUGUUAGUUGUGAGACGAGCGUUUCUGAUCACAUCAUUCCAGAACCAACUAAACAAUCUUCUCAUGGAAGCACUUUCAAGAAAUUGAAGGCAAAACAGAAAAAAACAGGAAAAUUGAAGUUCAGUGAAGAUAAAGAGGUGUUUGAAGGACCCAUACCUGUUCCAAUGCAGCCCAGCCUGGAGGAUGUUGAAGGCCAAUUGUUUGUCUCCUUUAUGUCAAAGAAAGCUCUUGAGAUUCACCUCGGAGAUGGUGCCAAAUCGGAGGUUGCACAAAAAACCACAGAGAAUCCUGAUGGGGCCAGGUAUGAAAAUGCAGAGGAAAGGAUUGAGGAGCUAGAAAAAAUCCUUAUACAUGAUCUGAAAUUCAUGAGGCACAGACAGGUCAUUCAUCCAGUGCUACAAGAAGUUGGAUUGAAGUUGAAUCUACUUGAUCUCGCCCUGGAAAUUGACCUGCAAUAUCUGGGUGUGCAAUUACCCAUACCCCCACCUGUACUCUCGCCUGAAGAAAGUUCAGCAUCAUCUCAAAUCCAGUUUGUUUCAAGGACAGGAAAAACCACUGACUUCACCAAAAUUAAAGGCUGGAGAGACAAGUUUUCUGGCUCAGGAAACCCUACUGAAGUCUUGUCAAGCACAGAUGCAGGACAGAAGAACCUCUCUGCAUUUUGUAGUGACAUGCUGGAUGAGUACCUGGCCAGCGAGGGCAAACUGAUAGAUGAACGAGCUGCAACCUUAUCCCAGGCUGAUGUUACACCUGUAGCAUACCAGCUACCCACUAAGAGCACUAGCUACGUUCGUACCCUGGAUAGUGUACUUAAGAAACAAGUACCUGCUACCUUAUCCACAACAUCCAACAAGGUCAAGCCAAAAUGUAAGACCAAAGAGGAAAAUAAAUCUAAAAAACCCUUGAAGUCAGGUACAAAAAAGCAAACAGAACCUGUCUUUAGUGUUAACAAACCUGCUUUGUGCUCGAAAAAACCACAGCAAAACAAGAAAUCUAAAAAUAAGAAGGAAUCCAAGAGUUUGAGUCCUGAAAAACCUGCUUUUGAAACUGCUGCAGAGGUAGUUUCUGAUAAGACUUCCAUGGUUGAAGUUUCUGGCUCCACACCAUCAAGUUGUGCAGCUGGACGUACUACAGGUUUGCCUAAAACUUUGGUGAAGCUGAUGGAUGUGGAAGAUGGAGCAGUGUGGGAAGGCAAACAUCGUACCUUUAUCACAGAAGAAAGGGCAGCCAUUGCACUAGCCACUCUUGUCACCGCUGAGGGGGUAUCAAAAGGAAACCCUGAUACCAUCAGAAUUAUAAGACGACGUGCACCACCCUGUCUCAAUGUAUUCUGUAGGCUUGGCUGUGUGUGUGCCAGUCUGGUUCACUUGAGGCGACAUCAUCACUGUGGAAAACCACAGUGCAUGUUGGGCUGUAGCUGCCUGCGACGCAAAGUUGUUGCACUUAAGACCCCCAAACAGGAGCAAAGUGCAACAGAUCAGUCUGAACCUCAGAGAGUGUCAGAGGAGAACAAGGCUAAAUGGAAAAAGAAAAACAAAAAGAGAAAGACUUAUGUUCUGACCGAUCCGGAGACAGCACCUGAACCGGCUAAGCGUGUGAGUACAUUAUGGGAUCGAAAAAGUGAUGGUUCGGAUUCAGAAGCUCUUUUCUGUCCUCCUCCUCCAAGAGCUCCCUCUCCAGCACGCUUGCCUCAUGAGGUUCAGCAUGACCUGGAAAUUUUUUUCAGUCCUUCAAAACAAAAAAGGGUUGAAGAGAGAAAUUUGAAUAUGACUGAGGACAAUAUGGAGAACAAGCUUACAUGUGCUCGUUCGCGACCGUUUUCCUCUAUGUGCCAUGAUAAACAAAAAAUGGUUGACCAACACCACAUCUCACAGGUCUCUACGCAAGAUAUUGAGGAGGGUAAGCUUGUACCUCUUAAUUUGUCUGGCCCUGCCAAGCGGCUUGAGAUCAUAUCUGAAUGCAGUUGGGCUAGUACGGACACCAGAAAUUACAUUAUGCAAAUAGUAUGUGAGCACAUGGCUCAGGAUCGUUUGAAGCAUCCUUUCUGGAUUGGCAAGUACUUUAUUCAGCCAGUCUCCAAGACUCUACAAGAGAAGGAGGAUGGUUCUGUCCAUACAUACAAAGUCAUCAUCUCUCAACCUGCGGAGAAGAAAACAGAAGAUGAGAAGGUUACACAAAACAAAGCUGAGCUGAAAAAGGAUGUAGAAAAGAGUGAGGUGAAAGGUCUGCCCUUCAUGUCUAGGUGUUGUCCUGCAGGCUUGCUCAAGGCUGAGAAAAAACCACCUGAUGCUCCAGGACGGAUAAUGGUUAAUGGAAAGACAUAUCCACAAGCCAAAUUAGAGCUGGGGAAGAUGGGAGCUUUGCACCCUGCCAACAGACUGGCAGCUUAUAUAACAGGGAGAAUAUGUCCAGUCAGUCAGUCUGGACCUAAUGUGGUAACAACAUCAACUGUUACAAAGGCCUCUAUCACAUCCGUUCCGGUCUCGACUGUGUCCACAGCAACCACAGUUACAAGCACAUCUGCUUCUACAGCCAAACCGCUCAAGUCUGUAGUGACCAAGCCCCCAGUGGGAAAGGUCUUCACCCAGUUUGUGGUCAACCACAUCAACUCUCAAAAUCUGACCAACACUAGCACCUCACAAUUACAGCCUUCUGUUCCAAAAAUUGUCAUCCCCUCCUCCAUGUUGAUGAUUGGCAGAGAGGCUGGGGCUCCUGGGGUGGCUCUUUCUCCUGUUAAAGCAGACUUGGUUACCCAGGUGUCUAAGCCCUCAGACUCGGCAGGUAGCACCAGUUUCCCCACUGUAUCAAAAGUCCAAGCCCCUGCCAACACCAUCCUCACUAAAUCACCCAGCCUCCCUCUGGGUGGGUCUGGUCUAACCCCAACAACCACUGUCUCUUCACCUGGAUCGACCACUCCUGGAAAAAAGACGGUUUAUAUCACAGUUAUGGCCCGUAGUACAGGCCUCACCAGUAGUGGUCCAAGGUUUACAAAGCCUGUCACACAGACUCGGCCCCCACAGACCCCAGGCCAAAAGGUGCUGCUUCAGGUGGUGAAGACAGCUGAUGGCAACACAUUGUACCGUAAUCCUAAUGGCCAGCUCUUGCAGUUGGUGCCUUUAAGUCAAAUCAAAGCCAUCAAACCCAGCCUCCUUUCUCAAGGCCAACACACCUUUGUCCGUUUGCCCGCACCUACUGCAGUCAAUCCAAAAAAGCCUCAGGGUGGCAGCGCCACCGUAGUCAAAUCUUUCAGCCCAACACCACAAACGCAAACAAAGCCUGCUGUCACUGCACCAGUCUCUACGUCUUCAUCUAUGAGUGCCAAGUCGGUCACACUCACUUCAUCCAAGGCAGUCUCAUUGAGCAGCAUUCCUUCUACCCUUAAAGUGGUUCCAGGUGUUCUGGGACAGUCUGGCACUUGUACAUUGAGAAUUCUCCCACCACAUCCUGUUCAAAACACUGGAAUUAUCACUCCAACGUCCUCCCCUGUCCUCCCUCAGAGUGGCUUUCCAUUGCUUAAGCAUGGAAGUUCAACGCUAUACAACCAAGACUCCACUAAGUCUGAGACCGCUAUUUCUGUUAGCUCAGUUUCAACAGAGGAGGCAGGUGGUCAUGUCCGUAACCAAUCUGAGAUGGAUCCUUCUAAACAAAAUAGAUGUGAUGAUUCUGAACGACUAGCAGAAAAUAUAUCAGAGCUUCCAUCUUCUGGUGCCUCCACUCCGAAACCCAGCCAGUUUUCUGGAGGUGGUUCGAAUUUGGCUGAGACGGGUAACAAAGCUAGUCCCAAAGUGACAGAAAAAGAUUUUGAAAUGGCUCCAGUUUCUGACGAGGAAGAGAUUGGUUCAGACAUAACCGAAUUAACUGAUGACUCUGACCUGUACAGUGAUGAUGACCAAGAAGAUACAUACAGUUUGAGUGGUUCUGAUCAAGUGGAGAGGAUGUUGGAUAAAGAUGGUUUGGGCUCUGAGAUGAAAGAUUUUGCAGAGGUGGUGGUUGAUAUUGAGACUAUUGAAGAGUCUGCCGAGGAAAACAGUAUUGCCAAAUUUCGGGCAUCUGCAUUGAAGCAGAAUCAACAUCCAAGUAACCGGAGGAACAUUCAUAAUGAAAGUUUGGAGGUGAAGGUCAGGAGAGUGAGGCUGGAGAGAAUAAGGCGCCGCACACUUAAAGAUUGCUUUCUUAAACUUCAGGCAACACUCGGAAAGCCUUCAAAUAAUUUUGAAACCUCAAAAAUGAGAAUCCUUACAAUGGCUCAAAAAGAGAUCGAGUCCCUGGUUAAGCAGGAUGACCGCUUAGUAAAAAAAAAACAGAGACUGCAAUUUAAGAGACAGCGUCACCUACAGACACUUUCACUAUUGUGUGACAAGAGUACAGAGUCCAUCAGCCAGAAGCUUAAUGAAAUUAUUGCUAAACAAAAAGCCCUGGAAACCCAGUCUAAAGCAAAAAAAAGGAAGUCCCAGCUGAAUGUGGCAAUGGCCAAACCUAAACCAAAACCUAAACAAGCUGAUCUUGGAAGUAAACAGAAAGGUUUAGCAUACCAGAACAAAGUGAAAGAUGUUCCCAAACCCAAAUCCUAUUCUCCCUCUAAACCGAUGGACUUGAGUAUUAAAAAACAAAAAAGCCUGGAAAAGACUGAAAGUGCUUCAAAAUCUGCACCAACAGCCUCACCUGCAAACCCCGAUAGCAGCAAAAACACUCUUAAAACUCAGGAAAAAGAGAAAAGUAGCACAUCUAAACCUUCUCAGCCAUCUUUUAACCCCAUUCCACAAAAGAAACCUGUCUCUGUCCCAAGUCCUAUAAAACAUUCCUCAAUACCACGUGAGAGAACGCGGCCAAACAUUCUCUCCCGUGCUUCAUCCCAGGUGAUACAAGGAUCUCCAGUCGAAGAGCCUCUUUUAACUAAUGUGUGUAUACCUCAAGUAUUCCCUCUGAUGAAUACCAUGGUUCCAUACAAUCAAAUCAUAACCAUAAACAACCCACUUCAGGCGAUUGGCAUCACCUCAGUAGGGACACAGCAAUCAUCCACACCAGGUGUAGCAUCUGUGUCCAUAGUUCCUGCAGUAUCUCACCCGGUUGGAGUGGAAAAUACCCUUCCGUUAUUGCAGCCUCAGUUUUUCAAAAUUACAAACAGUCCUGUUAACAUUAACACACAAGUGGAUUCCGCCAACCUUCCAAAUAUCACCAAUGUUAUUUCUCUGGUUCCACCGGCGGAGAAUCUGGUAAUACCACAGAAAGUUGUUGAAGAUGCAUCUGUUGUCCAGGCACAGCCAACAUCUGUCCCUGCACCUGUGGAGAAUCAGCAGUACCCCUCAGAUGUUGAAAUUCCAGAUUUAGAGGAAAGGGCGGUUGUGGAUGAGCCUCAAUCCAUGGAUGUCCCCAAACAGCCUGUUGGAGGAGAUGAGGACAGUGCAUCUGUUACUUCAUCCAACCAGGAAGGACUGGACAAGAAAGGUCCGGAUGACAGCAAUGAUCCUGAGGAUGAAAAUCUACUAUCUUUGUUAGACGAACUUGUUCUCCUUAGCCAGCAGCUGAGUAACGAAGAUGAAGAUCAGAGAAUUGUUGUGCCAGGCGAGGUACAGUCAUGUUCGGACAAGCAGGCAGAUGAAGAACGGGAUGAUGACCGUGCUCUCAGUCCCUUGUUCCUAACUCUGGAUGAAGAUCUAAUGUCUCCAGACUCUAAAGAUGAAAUCGAUAUCCCACCCAAAGUGGAUGACUUGGUCAAAGUCAUUUUUGGAUCAGAUUCACCUUCGGUUUCAUCUGAAUCUGGGGUAGCACCAUCAACAAAUGUUCAAAGUCCACAAGCCCCACCGUGCAGCGAUAAAGGUGAUGCUCCUACUCCACCACCUCUGUUGCACAUGAAAGCUGCAUGUGAAGCUGCAUCAGGUCAGUCAGCCAAUGAAGGAACCAGUGUGGCAUGGCGGCCAAUGCCUAAACUGGUUCCUCUUGGGUUAAAGGCUCAAGAUGCUGUUGUGAAUAAGGUGAACGGCUCCCCAGUUUUCAAACCCGACUCAAAUGAGGAAGACGUUCAUAGACCACAAAUGUGAUCUACCUAUCUAUUAAUCAGGUAUAGCUGCUGCUCACGUUUAACAUGUUUAUGUACAGAAUAGGAUUUUUUAAAAAUGUAUUUAUUGUUUGUUUGCUGUGUAAGUCCUGCUGCCAUGGGCACCACCUAUUGUGCCUCUGGUAAAUCCAAAGAUGUUUUGUUUCAUUCACUUUUUUUUUAAUUUGUUUUGAACACUCAAACUACUAGACCAGCAAAGGUAUAUAACUGGUUUUGCUAGCAAUUGUGUAUCUGCUCUUUGAGGCAACAGUUGUGAAAGAAGCUGUUUACUCAUUCUAACCUCCAUAUUGGAGCAUGUUUUUCUUUCCCAUAGGAGUUCAGAAAGAACAUAAAAAUAACAUAGGAUUGUUUCUCCCUUAGCACAGUGAAGGUGAAGCUGAUCAUAAUUGUUUGCGUUGGGGAUUUUGUGGGAUCAUUAGGGUGGUUUUCCAGGCGACCUUUUAAGGAAUAAAUAAAUUUGCCCAGUGACUUUUAACAGUAAGGCCACUUCACGCUUGAAUUUAUCUGCUAAUGAGAACAGGUAUAUGUCAUUGUCUUUGCAUCUAGUUGAAACUUAAGUAAAUAAAAUUAUAACCCAUUACAUCAUUGCAUGUUAAGGCAAUAAUAGAUGUUAAAUUCAGUACAAACAGUCUGUGUUCGUUACAGGAAAGCUAGCGUAUAUACACAAAACUUUAUAUCUUAUGUUAAGUGCCUUUCAAAAGGUUCUUAUAUAUGCAUAUUGGGAUGUAGGUUUGUUGUCUUAGGAAAUAGUAAACCUAUAACAAUAGCAUUAAGAGCUUAGGAAUAAAAGAAUGACAGGGUGACCACUUCUGAGGUUUAUUCUGAUGUUAGUACUGCAGUUUUAAUUCUUUUUAUGUCUUUUUGUUUGUUUUGCAAAGUAAUAGGUGAAGUUUGAGUGCAGUCAGUUUAUUGCAUUUGAGCCUUUUAGUUGUGAAAACCUAUUUUCAUAUCCCCCACCUCAAUAGCAACAUAAAUUACAAUGUCUGAAGCAUUUUAGUGUUGUAACACGAUUGUGUCACACAUCAAGAGAGGCGGUUAACUUCAAGAGAUCCCUCAGUUUGAGCUCAAAAUGUAGUAAUCGCUAUGCAAUUGUUUUGCUUUAGAUAAAACAGGUACAGACACUACAUAGAAACGUUACAAGCUACAUAAAACAAGAUGCAGUCACACUGCUUAUGUUCUUGUAUAUAUUUAAUGCUACACUGGUUUGUUUUCUAAGUAUGUUAACUUGUUAAAAGUCUGUAUAUUGGCUGAUAUAACCUUUCUUGGAUAUUGUAAAUAUGUAAAAUCCUUUUUUGUUAGUCUGCAAACUGUUAAAAUACUUAUUUUUUAUAUGCUAUAAAUCAGUGCUCUCUCACCUUCUUUGUAAAAGAGAUGAAUGUCUUUUUGAGUCAAUAAAAAUGUACCACAAGUCUGUGAAAA